UUUUCAGAUGAAGUUAUUUUCCAUAAUUUUAAUAUUUGCCGCAACAAUAUGUUUUGCAAGUUCUUACAAGAUUCUUUUUUACACAAACCUUUUUGGUCACAGUCACGUCAAAUUUUUGGGUGCUGCUGCAGAUAUUCUGACAGAUGCCGGACAUAAUGUGACUGUUGUAAUGCCGGUAUUUGAUGAUUCAAUAAAAACAUCUCUUAAAUCAACAAAAAACAUAAUUUUUGUUAAUUCAUCCGAUGACGUUGCGGCGUUUGCAAAGGCUCGAACAAAGAUGUUGAAUAAUUUGUGGACUAUGGACAACACAAAUCCUUUUACAAUGUUGACAAGAGUUGGAAUGAUGUCAAAUACAUUCAGCUCUCAAUGCAAAAAAGUUUUGACAAACACUGAAUUGAUUGAAACGAUGAAAGCAGAAAAUUAUGACUUGGCAGUAACUGAACCAUUUGAUUUGUGUGCAUAUCCAUUCUUCGAAGCCAUCAAUAUCCGUGCCCACGUGGGAAUUCUCUCUUCCAGUCGCCUUGAUCAUGUUAGUGACGUCAUUGGUCAGCCAGCUGCCCCUAGUUACAAUCCCGGACUUAUGUCCACCAACAGUGACCGGAUGACUAUGUGGCAAAGAUUUGUUAAUGUGAUUCAAUAUGCUUGUGGAUCAUACUUCUUUAGUUAUAUUGGAGAUAGAGAAGCUGAAGUUGUCAAAGAAAUUAAUCCAAAAUGGAGAUCAUGGAGAGAAGUUGUGCCAGAGGCAUCUUUUAUAAUGACAAAUCAAAUUCCACUUUUGGAUUUUCCUGCUCCAACAUUUGAUAAAAUAAUUCCAAUCGGAGGAUUAUCAGUUAAAACUGAUAAAAAAUCAUUGAAACUUGAAGAGAAAUGGAGCAAGAUUUUAGAUAUUCGAAAGAAAAAUGUUUUCAUUUCAUUUGGAUCAAAUGCAAGAUCUGUCGAUAUGCCAUUGGAAUACAAAAAUACAUUCCUCCAAGUAAUCAAAUCAAUGCCAGAUACCACAUUUAUUUGGAAAUAUGAAGAUUUGAAUGAUAAAUUCACAGAAGGAAUUGAAAAUGUCUACCUUGGAGACUGGCUUCCACAAAAUGAACUUCUUGCUGAUAAAAGAUUAAAUGUUUUUGUAACUCAUGGAGGUCUUGGCUCAGUUACUGAACUUUCCAUGAUGGGUACUCCUGCUGUUAUGAUCCCACUCUUUGCUGAUCAAUCCAGAAAUGGUCAAAUGCUUAAACGUCACGGAGGGGUAGCUGUUCUCAAGAAAACUGAUUUAUCUGAUGCAAAACUUGUUCAAUCCACGAUUGAAGAGGUUUUGAAUAAUCCAGAAUAUAGAAAAAGUGCAGAACGAGUGGCUGAAAUGUUGAGAAAUCAGCCAACAAAUCCAAAAGAAACAUUUUUAAAAUAUGUGGAAUUCACAGCGAGAUUUGGAAAACUGCCAUCAAUGGAUAAUUAUGGAAGACAACUCACAUUUGUUCAAUAUUUCUUCUUGGACAUUAUCUCUAUUAUCAGUCUGAUAACUGUGGUGUUUUUGUACAUUUCUUACAAAGUUAUUAGGUGUACGAUUAAAAAAUGCUUCGGAUCGAGAAGCUCUGAAGAAAAGAGCAAGAAGGAAUAGUUUUGUGAUCUCUUAAUUUUGCAGUUAUGAUAUUUGAAUUGAUGUGUGUUUUAUAAUUUCAAUAAAAAUGAAAAUUUUCGUUAAA